AGCACUGCGGGCAGAGAGCAUCGGCCGCGAAGCUCAGAGCUGCAUUGCUAGUUUUCUACCAUGGCCGUCCGCUGCGCCGCCGCUCUCUGCGCCCUCCUGCUGCUCUCCAUUUCAGGCCUCGCGCUCUCCGACGCGCCGCCGUCCACGCCGGUGUCGCCGUCGGCCGCGUGCAACGCCACCACGGACCCGACCUUCUGCCGGUCCGUGCUCCCGCCGCGCGGCAAGGGGGACCUGUACACGUACGGCCGCUUCUCCGUCUCCGAGUCCCUCGCGGGCGCCCGCAAGUUCGCCGCCCUCGUCGACCGCUACCUCGCGCGCCACCGGCACCUCUCGCCGAGCGCCAUCGGCGCGCUGCGGGACUGCCAGCUCAUGGCGGAGCUCAACGUGGACUUCCUCUCGGCCGCCGGGGCCACGAUCCGGGACACGGACACCCUCCUCGACCCGCAGGCCGACGACGUGCACACGCUGCUGUCGGCGAUCCUGACCAACCAGCAGACGUGCUUCGACGGCCUGCAGGCGGCGUCGGCGGCGUGGUCCGACCGCGGCGGCCUCGACGCGCCCAUCGCCAACGGCACCAAGCUCUACAGCCUCUCGCUCUCGCUCUUCACCAGGGCGUGGGUGCCCACGGCGAAGAAGGCGGGGCACUCGCACAAGGGCGGCGGCGGCGGCAAGGGCCGCGGGCACCACGGUCACGGCGGCAAGCACAAGAAGCUCCCGGCGAGGAGGGGCCUGUUCGACGUGACCGACGACGAGGUAGUGCGGCGGAUGGCCAUCGAGGGCCCCGAGCGGACGGUGGCGGUGAACACCGUGGUCACCGUGGACCAGAGCGGCGCCGGGAACUUCACCACGGUCGGGGACGCCGUGGCGGCCGCGCCGAGAAACCUCGACGGCAGCGGCGGGUACUACCUGAUCUACGUGCUCGCCGGCGUCUACGAGGAGAACGUGAUGGUGCCCAAGCACAGCAAGUACAUCAUGAUGGUCGGCGACGGCAUCGGCCAUACCAUCAUCACCGGCAACCGGAGCGUCAUCGACGGCUGGACCACCUUCCAAUCGGCCACCUUCGCCGUGGUGGGGCAAGGCUUCGUGGCGAUGAACAUGACGUUCCGGAACACGGCGGGGCCGGCGAAGCACCAGGCGGUGGCGCUCCGUUCCGGCGCCGACCUGUCGGCGUUCUACGGCUGCAGCUUCGAGGCGUUCCAGGACACGCUCUACACGCACUCCCUCCGCCAGUUCUACCGCGGCUGCGACGUCUACGGCACCGUCGACUACGUCUUCGGCAACGCCGCCGUCGUGUUCCAGGGCUGCACCUUCUACUCCCGGCUGCCGAUGCAGGGCCAGAGCAACACCGUCACGGCGCAGGGCCGCAGCGACCCCAACCAGAACACCGGCACCUCCAUCCAGGGCUGCGCGCUUGUCCCGGCGCCCGAGCUCGCCGCCAACACCGCCUUCACCACGCUCACCUACCUCGGCCGGCCGUGGAAGAACUUCUCGCGCACGGUGGUCAUGGAGUCGUACGUCGGCGGGCUCGUCGACCCCGCCGGUUGGAUGCCGUGGUCCGGGGACUUCGCGCUCGACACGCUCUACUACGCCGAGUACAACAACACGGGGCCGGGCGCCGACACCAGCCGCCGGGUAGCGUGGCCGGGGUACCACGUCCUCGGCGACGGCACCGACGCCGGGAACUUCACCGUCACCAGCAUGGUGCUCGGUGACAACUGGCUGCCGCAGACCGGCGUGCCAUUCACCAGCGGCUUGCUUUCUUGAAGAUCGAAUGCGAUGAGCAAUCCUUACGUAAUUAGCUCUAUGCGUAUCUGCAAUAAUUAUUAGUUCAGUUAAUUAUAAGUGGGGAAACUGGAAAUGUGGUGGUAUGGAGAGAGAUUCAGGAAUAUACGAAAGAAUAUGUGUACCUAACAAACAUGUAUUCUUGUUCUGUAUCAGACAUAUGCCGUUACUGCAUAAAAGAAGUGUGAUAAAAGGGGUGUUUGGUUUGAAGAAUGUGAUGGUGCACCAUCUUCUUACUCUUUC